AUGGCCUCCCUGAACAGGCAAAUCGUUGCUUGCUUGUUCUUGCUUCUGCGCUUUGUUUUUUUGACCUUUGGACCCUGGUUAGCACAUGUCGUGAUCGCCGACCUUCUGCUGUCCUGCCUCCUCCCAUUCGCCUUUAUCUUUCCCACCUAUACCUACCAUUUGGCCUCUAAUAUUGCAGAAUCGGUAUGGCGUGGAGUGCAGCGCAUCUGCGAGGACUCGAAUGGAGCCGACAUCAUUUUAGCCGGCGAUGACUUGCCUGCUGGUGAAAGUGCAAUCGUCGUCGCAAACCACAUAGAAUGGUCCGAUUUCUAUCUUAUUCAAGCCUUGGCUAUUCGCGCCGGCAUGUUGGGUCGCUGUCGAUGGUUUGCAAAAGACGCACUCAAAUGGGUCCCUGUACUAGGUUGGGGUCUGCUGGUCAUGGGAAUGCCACUAGUCAGUCGCAAGUGGGCUGAGGACAAAGAAGAGAUGAAGCGGCUGUUCGGGGGCAUUCAAAAAGGACGCUGGCCUAUCUGGCUUGUGUCUUUCAGUGAAGGGACACGAUACAGGCCGAAGAAGCAUGCAGAAGCAACCCGGUGGUGUGAAUCCAAUGGAAAGCCAACACCUCAGCACACUCUGCAUCCUCGCACAAAAGGCUUUGUCGCUACUGUUCAGCAAUUGCGCAAGACGCCUCAUGUGAAGGCUGUAUACGAUGUCACAAUCGCCUAUGCUGAACAUGACAAGUUCAUGUCCCCACCAUCCUUCUUCAAAACUGUCUUCCAGCCCAAUCUGGCACAGAACUAUCGGAUGUAUGCUCACGUUCGACGCUUUGAGUUGACUUCUCUGCCCACAACGGAUAGUGAGAUUGCGCAGUGGCUCGAAGAGAGAUGGGUGGCAAAAGGUGAGAGACUGGCAGAGUUGAAAAAGUCACUAGGCUACGGCGAACCAUGGAAGGGUACUUUGAACAAGAUUUGA